AUGAGCUCCAUGACCGAGGGGAGUGAGGAUGGGGCUCGAGAGGAUGAACCGCAGUUGGAGAAUAACGACCAUGAGCAGUUCCCUGUAACACCGGGGUGGGAAGCCAAUAAUGAGGGUAAGCGGGAACAACAUGAAAUAGAGCCUGGGCGGGAUGCUUUCCCAGACGAGCCUUUAUCGGCGACCAGCAGUCGGGAUCCUGCUAUGAGGGAGUCGGAUUCUGCUCUUCGCAGCGAAUCCGACGAGGUGCCAUCGGUACAUAAUCGUGAGGUCAACAAGGGUAUUGGGAGCGGGGAUGAUUUCGGAUCAAUACCGGAUGACACUCCGUCGGUUCAAGAUUCAAAUUUGUCAUCGAGAAGUAGUGCUUUUGGCCUCCGUGGUUCACCGUCUAACCUGAGCCCCAGCCAUCAUCGUCCGUUCGAUCGGAGAUUUCAGUCUCGUCUUUCGAUUUCGCUCCCAGUCGCCUUACGACCACGGUCCCCGUCAUUAAUAGGACCUCAUUCGCGAAACUCCUCAAUUAGUCACGUCAUUUCCAGCACCCCAGAUUUACUAGAAAGCCCUGCGGCGCCAUGGGAAGUAGUUCGAUGGACGAAGCUCAGGAAAAUCACUGGUCAAGCAUUUUCGGAAGUGGGCAAGCGGAACUUCGGCCAACCUGCGUGUAUCUCGAUCUCUACCGCCAUUGUCAUCGGGACGGCCAAGGGUAUUAUAAUGGUGUUUGACUACCAGCAAAAUCUAAAUGCUAUCAUUGGACCGGGAACAAAGGCUGUUGAAUCUGGUCCUAUCACCUCCCUUGCAAUUUCCGCUGAUCACACUACAAUUGCGGCUGGCCAUGGCAGUGGCCAUAUCUUUACCUGGGAAAUUUCGAAACCCGCGCGCCCAUUUCUGCACAUCCCACCAAUAUCAGCCGGCCAGUUGGAGAACAAGCGGACUAACGGUCAUAUAUCAGGUGUAGCGGUUAUCCACAUGGGUUUCCUGGGCACAAGACACACUGCGUUAGUCUCCGCUGAUGACCACGGUAUGGCAUUUUCACAUCUUGCGAAUAGAGGUAUGGGAGCAGUUGGCCGAGUUGUGCGCACUACACGGAUUUUGGGACGUUAUCCCGAUGCGGUACUGGUUGGUAGCCGACUUCGAAAACCAAGCUCCGUCCUGGCCUUUUCUCCUCUGCCUCUAGGCAAUGUCCCACAAGCAACGGACCCGAUAGGUUUGGUUGCACUCCUCACCCCGUAUCUUCUCGUGAUUGUAUCAACGACACCCGUUGCUCGAACUCAGUAUAAAGCCCCUCGACCAAAGGAAGUUGCUGCCCACAGUACUCUGACGGCCGCGCUUGCUUGGUUUCCGGCCAUAAAACUGAAAGGGAAAAAUUCUGAAGCGUCGAAGACUAAAUUGGUUUAUUGUUGGUCGAAUGUGCUUACAGUAUUGGAGGUUUCGGAAGUAAAGUCUCCUGAACCUGCGAACAAGGAUAGACCCCCCAGCUUCGAAUUUAAACCGCGAAGUAGAUGGAGAGCGGAAGAAGGGAUUGUUGCUGUACAGUGGAUAAGCCGUUCCGUCCUUGCAGUGAUGACAAUAACUCAGCAGCUGCUAAUCCUGGAGGACAACACCUUGCGAAUGACUGAUUCCUUUGACCUCAUACACAAGCACAUCUAUCACGUGGAUAUAUUUUCGAAGCAACUCCAUUCUCUCGUUGAGCAACUGGAUGAGGAAGAUGAAUCGAUGCAUGGAGUAAUUGCAGAUGCUUUUUACAUGAGCUUUAGAGCAUAUAAGGGACGACUAUUUCUACUAGGCGUCAAUGAUAUAUCAGUCGGUAGCCUGUCAAAUUGGGCUGACAGGUUACUAUCUCUUAUGGAAGGUGGCGACUUCAUUGGUGCUAUUCGACUUGCAACCUCUUACUAUAUAGGUAAUACUGAAAAACUCACCGUCGGCCUCCCAGAGGAGGAUGAUUUGCGCCAUCAAUUAGUACAAGAGAAGUUGUUGGAAAUGAUCUCCGCGUCCAUCAGAUACGCAUUUGGAAGAAAUCAAGAAGCGCCUGAUGAGCGCCUCAAUCCAAGCCAGCUUGAGGAGCUUGCUGAUUCCUGCAUUGCAGCUUGCGACGCCCUGCAAGAUUACGAAUUUUUAUUUAACGAAGUUUAUAGUUGGUACGAGGAAUGUGGUUCCGAAGGUAUAAUUUUGGACACCCUCGAACCAUACAUCGUACAGGGCAGUAUUCGAACCUUGCCUCCUACCGCAGUUAAAUCAUUGAUCACCCACUACAUAACGAACCAUACCGCUACUCGACUGGAAGAAAUCAUUUGUCUACUUGACACAUCAACGAUUGAUAUUGAUCAAGUUACGUCGUUGUGCAAGCAACAUAAUUUAUACGAUGCGUUCAUAUAUGUGUGGACGCGUGCGUUAGGCGAUUAUGUUGGGCCACUUGUUGAGCUCAUCCAUUUGAUUCACCAACAUACGGCUCCUAAUGUUAAUGGAAAUGCAGAUGUCAAAGCAAAGGAUCUUUUUAAUGCGAUGAAGAUGUUCCCUUACCUGUCGUAUGUGUUGACUGGCAGAAUAUACCCCACUGGAGAAGAUUUACCUGAUCUUGAAGCUUCGAAGGCGAAAGCUGCCAUUUACGAUUUCCUUUUCUCGGGAAUUUCAGUGACUUCAAGUUCAAAAAAGGCUGCUUCUCAAGACUCCUUUCUUGACCUUCGAACGAUCCUUGAAUUCGAUACGCCUAGUUUCAUGAGUAUGCUUAACGAAGCCUUUGAGGACAGUUUCUUAAACGACGCCACUGGUCAAGCCAGCAAUGGAGCAAUAAUGCCAUCUUCUAGCGAUUCUCCUACCCAUGGCCUAUCUAUUAACCGCCAAUACUUAAUCAGUAUUUUACUUGAAAUUAUGGAAUCUUCCAAUUUUGGCCCAGAGAACACCGUCUAUCUUGAUAUGUUUAUUGCCCGGAAUCUGCCCAAAUACCCUCAAUAUAUCCUCCUAUCGGGAUCAACGCUGCAACAAAUACUAAUGAGAUUAUGUCGCUAUCCUAAUCCGGAAAUGAUAGGCGACUGCCAGCUCAGCGUAGAAUACCUUUUGUCAAUAUAUCGCCCGCCCGAUAUCCAGGCUUUAAUUCCCUUGCUAAAACAAGCGAAGUUUUAUCGAGUCUUGAAAUCUAUUUAUAAAACAGAGAAACAAUUUCCCGAUCUUUUGUUGACUUAUCUUGAAGAUCCAGAAGAUCAGCGGUCAAUUUUCGACUGCAUCCGUGAUUGCCUUCGCCCAAGCUCGAAACUGAGCAAAAAGCAACGCCAUGAUGUGCAUGCUCUGGUUAAAGAUCACGCCGCACAAAUCGCGGAUAUUGACGUGGAGAGAACUGCUCACACCGUCCAAGCCACCGCCUCCGAUUUGCAUACAGAGUUUCUUCACGUUCUAGAGAAUGAUUCUUCAAGACAAUAUUUAUACCUCAAUACUUUAUUCGAGCCGGAAUGGAAAAGGCCGGGUGAGGCUGAGCUUUCGACAAAAUUUGGAGCUCAACUUGUUGAGUGCUAUGUUCAGUUAAUGUGUCAAUACAACCCUUCUCAUGUCAAGGCUUUUGUGGAUAUCCUGAAGGUUGGAGAUCUCAAACUUGAUGCCGUACUUCCUUCGAUGGAAAGUAGCGGGGUUAUCGAUGCAGCAAUAAUCCUUCUGGCGCGUCAAGGGGAAAUACGUGCUGCAAUGGACCGGCUGAUCAAACACCUUGGAACCCUCGAGGCUGGCCUGUCAGGGUUAUUGCAGAACGCAAAUGAAAGCCCUGAUUCAGCAAGCAUGGCAGAAGCGGUCGUUGAUCUUGUCCAGUCCUUGGAUAAAUAUACUCGUGUUGGAAUAUGGCUCUGUCAACAGCAGUCGAAUGCGUCUAGACAAUCUCAGGGUGGCGGCAAAUCGAAUAAAACGGGUGCGGCAACUCUCAAGCUAGAGCUAUCGUUCGAGGAGAAUCUUUGGCUCGAUCUUAUUGAAAUGGUAGUCCGCAUAGCUCGUAAUAUGUCUCCUUUGCUGAGGGAAAGUUCGUCCGACAUCGCACGAGAUACCCCGAAUCUUAAGGCCUAUGACACUAGACCUGGCGAGAUUUCCUCAUUCUUCCGGGUACUUGUUCAACAGGUGUUCACUGCUCUGUUGACAAGCACCACAAAAUCCGGUGACAGACCCAGUGGAAAGUCCGACAUGUCAUUUUUGCGCAUUUUGCGAGCGUUUCUCACGCGAGUAGCUGCUGCUUCACCAUCUCUUUCAGAGCUUCGAUCUGUGAUUGCAUCAAUAUUUUCUGCAUACACUUAUGAGGAAUCUCUACUCUCCCUCGCUAAUGCAAUGCUAGACAAGGACCUUUUUGUGCAUGUAGACGAAAUUACUAAACUUCGUCAACGAGGGUGGAGACCGCGAGGGCAGGUCUGCGAAGUUUGUCGACGACGAGUCUGGGGUCCCGGAUCAGGUCCUUGGCUGUGGGAAGCAUGGCAAAAGAAACAAGAGGAUGACGCGAAGCGCGGACAGGCAAGGAGGCUUGACGUUGUCGGAAGGACGAAUCUACAUUCAUACGGAAAGGGUAAGGAACCAAUGCCGCGAGGCCAUGCGAAUGCACACACUCCGAGACAAAAUACCAACCAGACGACGCAGUUUGAUGGUAAUGGACAACAUGCAGAUCGAUUACAGGAGGAUCCUGGGCAGGAUACUGGACCCUUGGUAGUGUUUGGUUGCCGACAUCUCUAUCACCGAACGUGUCUGGUGAAAGAGGCAGAGAAACGGGGCAUCCGUGGUCAAUCCGCACCCAGUCAUCAUGCUGAUGGGUUGGAUUUGGCUUGUUUGAUCUGCAGAGCACCAAAAUGA